AUGAUGCUUAAAAUUAAGUAUUCCUAUAUCUCAACUCAAGUGCUUCGAUCAUAAAAUGUCAUUAGAUUCGAUGCUGAAAUCAAAUAAUCACAUUUGUUAGGGGAGCAAUUUGGAUAAUAGGUGUUUGCCAAACUUAAUCAUUAUCAUAAGCAUAACAUCUUGACUCCAACAAUGUUAAAUCAAAUUCAUAGAUUUUUGGAAAGUUAUGAUUUAGAAGAAACAGUGAGUAUUAUUUGGUUAGAUUGCUAAUCUAAAGGAACAGAUUUGAAAUGUAAUGCAAAUUUUAAUAACAAAUUAGACUUAUAACACUUAUCAUAACAAGAGAAGAUUGAAUAUAUGAGACAAAUAUAAAAUUUGGCAGUCUAUUUUGGAAAAUACAAUAAAAUAUUGAUGCCUGUUAUAACAGGAGAAGCUAGUGGAUCAAUGGCAGCCUUAGCAUGUUCAACUCCAUUUUAAUUUUUUGAUUAAAAAGGAGGAAUACGAUUUAAUGAUGUUAAUAGAGGGUUUGUACCUCAUGCAGGGUAUAUAUAUAUAUAAGAGUAUUAGUGCUUCAUUUCAUUUAUCCAGAUUGCCUGAUUAAUUGGGGUUAUAUUAUGCCUUGACUGGUAGAUGGUUAAAAAAUGAAGAAGCAUUAAACUUGGAAUUGAUAUAUGGAAAUUUGAAGGAUAAAAAUAAAGCUAUUGAUUAUAUCAAUUAGACAAUUUAAUAGUAUAAGACACCAAAUACUCUUUAAAUGUACCCAAAAGAAGUGAAACGUGAAAUUUAAAGUUUUAGAAAAGGAUAAUAGAUAUUCUUAAGAAAAUUGAGUGAAGAAAUGAUGAUUAGAAUGAAAAAUGAAGAUGCAUAAUUAGUAGCAUAAGAAUUAUUAUACAAACUUAAAAGAUUUUAAGAGGAGAAUGUUUUAAAUUAAUAGAAUGAUAAACCUAAGUAAACAAUAGCAAAUCCAUAUCUUCAUUUUAAGACAAUGAAUAUUGAUAGUCUAGAAGAAAUGGGAAUAAUAUCAAGAGAGAAUUUAGUUAAAUUAGAUAAGGCUUUGAUUGCUAGAUGUUUCAGUGGAGAGAGUGUUUAAGAGAUUAUGGAUAAAUUGAAAUCUGAAUAGAGUUAAUUUGCUUAAGAGAUCUUAAAGGAAUUAGAAGCAUAACCAAGAUUAUCUCUUGAACUUACUUUCAAAUUAUUAAGAGAGGCAGAGAAAUGGUAAUGGAGAGAUUGUUUAGUUGCUGAAUAUAAUGUAGCUUCAAAUCUUGCUAAUAGUGGUUUAAUGGAGAAAUAAUAAAGAGUUGAUAACAUUGAUUCUUUUUUCAGUCAUGUUAGUCCUUCUAUUGAUUAUUUACCUGAUGCUCUUGAACCAGUAAGAGACUUUUAUUCUGAAUAUCCUGAGAAUAUUAGAGUUUUUUUGAAUGAGUAAAAUCUUAGAAAGGGAUUAAUUGAUAGAGCUAAUUAAGAAAUUGAUGUAGCUGCUUUUAUGAAGAAUAAUUCACAUUCAAUGGAUGGAUCUAUAAGAGUUUCAGAUUUAAGAAAAAUGAGAGUAGAAAUUGCUUAAUUGAAAAAGGAAGUUAAAAUGAAGAUGGAUAAAUUGAAAAGUAUAGUUGGAUAUGAAGAAAAUCUUAAAAAAUAUAUAGAAGAAAGAUAAAAAUAUUUAAAUGGUAUUAAGGAUUUUGGAUCUCUAUUAGAGGAAUCAAUGAAUUCUUUUUUUGAAAAGGCUAAUUAAGCAAGAUUUAAUAGUUAUGGAAAUGUGGCUAGAAUUGCAUCUGUAAAACCAAAGAGAGAAUUAUUUUCAUUAGUAAGAAAUUCUAUUUUGAAUAACAAAUUAACAGAAGAUUAUGAUGAAAUUGAAAUUUUAAAGAAAUAAUAAGCAUGGAAUAAAUCAAUGUAAAGAUUACUGAUUUUUCCAAAAGAUGAUAGAAAAUCAUUUUAUGAAAAUGAAUUACCAGAAAAAAUAGUUGAUAAAGAAUUAACAGAUUAAAUAUUUAGAGCUAGAGAUAUAAGAAAUAAAUUUUAUGAAACUAGAUAUGGAGAUCUUUAUUAAGAAUUUAGUUAAUAAAUAGAUAAAUUUUAUAAGAAUGUUGUUUAAAAUGUUACAUAAUCUAAUUAAUUUAAUAAUAUAUAGGAGUAUUUAGAAGGGAAAGAAGUUAAAGAGAUAUUAGAUUAAUUAAAAGAGAAUAAAGAAGAAAUAAUUAUUAAUUUAUAAAAAGUACCAAUAGAAUAAGUAAAUAAAGAGGAAUUAAUAAAUUAAAUGAAAUAAGAAAUAGAAUAAUUAAAAUAAAAGGAAGAGAUUCCAUCUACAAUAGAAGAAUUUAUUAAAAGUGAUUAAAAUUUAAGUAAAAUAAUGGAAGAUUUCUUUAGAUGUCCAGAUGAGUUUAAAUCAUUAUAAAUAAUGUUCGAAUAAUUAUUGAUUUAAACUUAUAGAAUGAGAAUGAAAAAAAUUAAACAUUUAAAUGAAUUACCAAUAAUAGAUGAAUAAAUUAAUGAAUCAUUAACCUUAGAUUCUUUUAAGGUUAUUGAAAGUAAUCUUAUGUUUACUUUCUCCUAUAUAUUAUUAUGUAAAUUAGAAGAAAUUUAUUGUUUAUUUAAAUAAGGAGGUAAUUAUGAAGUUUAAGUUUUGAAAUUUUAAUAAGAUUAUGGAUUUUAAAUUUAGAAUUUUAAAUAAUUUGAAAAACUCUUAGAUUAUUUGAAUGAUAAAUUGAGAGCAGCCGCAACAUUAUAUAAUACAUAUAGAUAAAAGACUUUAGUUGAAUCAGAUAAAUUAUUAGAUUAUAUUUUGACUCUUAAAUCUACUAAAUGGCCAAGUUUCAAAUCUAAAGCAAUUUAUACUAAUUUAUUAAGUUUAAAGAUUAAAACUAAUUAUGAAAAUUAAAUUGCUGGAUUAGAAGAAAAACCUAUUAGUUAAACUACUCCUGAUGAUGUUUAUAGUGCCAUAGAAAGUAAAUCACAUAAAAUGAGUAUAUUUUAUAGAUAAAAUUUACCAAAAUAUAGAAGAGGUUAAAUUAUGAGACGUGUUAAUUUUAGAGAUGAUCUUCAUUUGGCUACUAAAAAGGAAAUAGAAAUAUAUGGUAAAAUAUAAGGACUUAAAGCAUAAAAGAAAAAGAGAUUAAUUAUAGGAAUAAAUUAUUAACUUAAAUAAUUGGAUUUAAUUGCAGAAAGAUAAGUUGAAAUUACUCCAAAAGAACUUUAACAAUAAAAAGAAGAUUUAGAAAAAGUAUUGAAAAAGAAAUGGUUUAAUUAUCAACCAAUUGAUUUAUGGUUUAAAGAAUUAGUCUAAGAAACAUUAGAAGAAAUAUAUCAUCCUGAUUUGAUUUUAUCUGAAAAUGAAUUUAAGGAAUAUUUAUAAAUGAGUUUUAAUACAUAAAAGAAACUAUUAGAAUCUUUAAGAGCAGAACUUAUUUUAGGAAUUUAGAAUGAAAGAGAUGAUUUAAUUCAAGAAUAAAAGUAAUUCAUUCUAAUUUAUCAAUUAGAUUCAAUCCAGAAUUACCAGAAAUUUAAAAUUUAGCAUAGUAAUUGACUGUAGCUGAAUCUUUACAUGUUGAAGGACUCAUUGAAGAAAUUGAACCAACUGAAACUUUAUUUGUUGGCAAAAAAGGAACAACUUUAAAAAUAGGAGGAGAAUUACCAAUUCAAUUAAAUGAAACUUAAUAUAGAGAAUUAAGAACUAAAAUGAUUGGAAGAGUUGAAUAUUUAGUAGGUGAAUGGGCUCAAGAACCUAAACUUAUAGAUUAAGUAGAUAUUGAAUUAUUGUAUGAUAAAAUUCAAUAAAUUUAAGAAAAGAAUAGAAAUAAAAAAUGAU